AUGGACGUGCUACUGCCUCCUGCUAACAUCCUGGCAGCCGUGGCCGAUGCUCUUUUACCUCCGCCGGUGCUAGUUGCUCCCAAGGGCGAUCUUAUCCCGGGAAUUCCCGAUGGCAUCUUGGCUAUUUUCGCUCCAGUUAUCGCUUACUGGACCUACUCCACCUUCUUCCAUAUAAUCGACGUGUACGAGCUCGCCGAGAAAUACCGCAUCCAUCCCUCCGAAGAGGAGGAGCUGCGGAACAAGGCGCCUUUGCGUGAUGUCUUGUUUGACGUUGUGGUGCAGCAUAUCAUCCAGCUGGUGGUGGCCUACGCUCUCUACCAGAUAUGGUACCUCAAGCACAACUGGGCUCCCUCCUGGGUUUCUGACUCGUUGCUUUGGUUUGCCUACACCUACGGCUGGCUGGUGCUCCGCAUGGGCUUUGCUUUCUGCAUCAUCGAUACCUGGCAGUACUGGCUUCACAGGACGAUGCACUUGAACAAGACCCUCUACAGGCGUUUCCACUCGAGACACCACCGUCUAUAUGUACCCUACGCCUACGGAGCUCUUUACAACGACCCAGUAGAGGGCUUCUUGCUCGACACCGUCGGAACAGGCAUAGCAGGCAUCGUCACGCAACUCUCGCCUCGUGAGUCUCUCUUCGUCUACGUUUUCGCUACGAUGAAGACCGUUGACGACCACUGUGGCUACCGCCUUCCGUGGGACCCCUUCCAGUUCCUUUUCCCCAACAACGCCAUCUACCACGACAUCCACCAUCAGAACUGGGGCUUCCGCAACAACUUCUCCCAGCCCUUCUUCACCAUCUGGGACCGCAUCUCCAACACCCAGUACCAGUUUGUCAAAGAGUACAAGGACAAGCAGAACAAGAUCACCUUGGAGAAGUACAAGCUUUUCUUGGCUCGCAGACAAGAGAGAAAGGAUGCUUUGAUGAAGAAGUCGGCUUCAACCGCUUCCACAAACUCCACCGACUCGUCCGAGUCCAACACCGCUGUCAGCACUCCUGUCAGCGAGAACAAAAAGACAAUCUAA